AUGGAGAGGUCUGGGGGUGAUGUUGAGGGGAGGGGGGGGGGCGUCCUCUUGGGGUGGGGAUGUUGGGAUGCAUCCAGUGGAUGUGGAACGGGGGGGACCCAAAGGGUCACUGACCCACUGUGCCCCCCUCCCAGGGAGCACCUCCCCAGCCACUUCAAAUUCAAGGAGUACUGCCCCCAGGUCUUCCGCAACCUCCGCGAGCGCUUCGGCAUCGACGACCAGGACUACCAGGUGUCUCUGACACGCAGCCCCCCCCACGCCGAGGACGGCGACCGCCGCCUGCUGCUGUCCUACGACCGCACGCUGGUGGUGAAGGAGCUGUCGAGCGAAGACGUGGCCGACGUGCACGGGCUGCUGUCCCACUACCACCAGUACGUGGUGCAGUGCCACGGCAGCACUCUGCUGCCUCAGUUCCUGGGGAUGUACCGCGCCAGCGUGGAGAGCGAGGAGAGCUACCUGCUGGCCAUGCGAAACACCUUCAGCCACCGGCUGCCCGUGCACAGGAAGUACGACCUGAAGGGCUCGCUGGUGUCGCGAGAAGCAAGUGAUAAAGAAAAGGUAAUGUGGGGAGGGGGGGCACGGAAUGAAUGAAUGGGGCUGGGGGGGGAAGCACCAGAGUGAAUG